GUUGCGUGCUACUUUCUCUUUAACACGCAUUGCGACCUUUGAUAUCACCUUCUAUCGGUCUACAUCAAUUCAUCUCUGGGGAUACUCCAUCUUCUGCAUAUCAUGGCCCAUCAAAUGCCCAUUCCGCAGGCCCAAUACCAGGGUCCAAUGUCUCAACCUCAGAGCACUGCGCAACGACAGUCCCCGAACGCACAGCAGAGCUUCGAUCAAGAUGUCUCCAAGGUUUCCCAAACAGUCAACACAACGGCCAGUCAAAAUCCCCUUCUGGUCGCUUUCGUCAUGGAGAAGCCUAGGAAUGCUACAAGCUGGGAGGAUGUUGUACCUGAACAGCAACACGUCACGGUCCACGAUCUCAAAAAGGAAGUACACAAGUUUCGACGUAACCAGAACAACGUCCAGAGGGCUUUGAAGGAGAUUUCCUCUCCAAACUGUCGAAGAAUUAUUAACGAGCUUGUGGAGGCGCAGAAUGCUAUACUUACUGAACACAAUCCUGCCAUGGAGUACAGGAUUGUGAGCAUAGUAAACAAGUUUCGGGAACGCGCCUAUUUAACACACCGCGAGAAACAGCUUGUUCGUGUUGACAUCAUCUUGGAGGCUGAAGACUCUGGUUUUCAAGCACCUAAGACUGGGGCUGGCACUGCUACCAGUGGCUUUGCGCCAGCACAACAGCAGAUGCCUCAGCAGCGACCUCAGCCUCAACAUCAACAUCCACCGCCACCUCCACCUCCUCCUCCACCCGGUAUGGGUCCUCCUCCACUUAACGUGGUAGCUCCUCCACCUGUUGAGUCGUAUCGCCAGCCUCCCCUCCCUCAAGGCAGUGCGCAUAUGCCGAUGCAUAGUCAGCAAGCGCAGCCUCCUCCACCUCCACCUCCUCCAAGUGGCGCAAGACAUGGUCAAGUUCCAAUGGACCGUCCUGCACCAACAGGACCACCGCCUCCACCACCAGCCAAUGGAAGGGUUCAUACUGCUACUCCAGGGCCGCAUGUCCGCCAACCCCCAAUGCAACACUACCCAUCACAAGGUCCAUCAGGCAUGCCUGGUAGCUACCCGCAGAGUACCCAAAUGCCAAUCCCAGCACCAGGAAUGAGACCAAGCCAGGCAAAUGAGAAUCUUGAUCCCGAAUUGCUUAGGCGUCAGAAAGCCAAGCGCAUGAGUUACACCGAUGUCUCCUCUGGUGUUUCUUGGGAAAGUGAUGUCAGCUGGGAGGACGAAUCCGAGGGCUCCAGCUUCGUAGACAUUGACAACGACAUGCGCGUAAACACAGGACACCACAGACGUGGAAGAAGCAUGAAGCAGCCCCAGAAAAUCCCAGUCCAUCGUCUGCGUAGCAAAAGCCAACGGCGCAACGGUAGUCGUGGCCGAAGCCAAAGCCAAAGCCAUCCGCGCAGAGUCGUUCACGAGAAGCAUACUCAACGACCAGGGCAGAAACAUCGAGAUGGCAGUGAUAUCGACGAUGGAUACUUUGGCAGACGCACUCCAGACGGAUCUGGAUCCAGUUCGCCACAAGCUCCAGCCAACAUCCACAUCCACAUGAACACAAACAACAUGGCCGAAGACCGCACACGAAGCGGCAAUGCUUCGCCCGUGAACCCCUACAACGAGAAGAAGGGCAAGAAGAAACCAGGGAAACUCUACGCCUCCCACGACGACGUAUCCGACGGCUCAUGGGAGAACGCAAGCGGCACAGAGUCGUACUACACGACAUCAGUCCACACAGCCGACGACGGAAUCUGGGACACGCCUUCAGGCCGACGGCCUCUGCAUCGCGAACCCAGUCGCCGCAAGCCAUCUGGUGCAGCAUUCCAGCGACCCGCAGACCCUUACGAGCCUCAGUCUCGAAGCUACACGCAGCAUAAUCCCGACAUGCGCUCAGCACAGCGACAAAGGUACCCCCGCGAACCAGCAGAAGAGCAACUCACCGCAUCGCACACUAUCCCCCGCCACCCAUCGAUGCGUGACCGUGACCGUGACCGAAACAACGACUACACUCCUCCUUUCUUCUCCGACCCCCCAUCUCGACCCGAUCUUCCCCACCGCCACCACACCACCCCAAGCAUGCCAAUGCCGCGCCAUACCACUCCCCCACUACCUAUCCCGCCCAAGCCCGCGCGCCCCUUCUCCUUUGCCCAAGACCCUCGCGACACCCAAGCGUAUCCCGUACGCCACCACGGCGCGGACAUGGAUGCCGAGCCGCAGGACGAGCAGAUUACCCUGCGGGAUCUGCACACUGCAUUGGAGUGGGCGCGCCAGAAUAAUGAAAAGGGUCGUCGCGAAGCAGGAUAUGGCUAUGCUGCUACUGCUGCUGCUGCUGCUGCCAAUGAGAGCGGUAAUCCUAGGGGUAAUAGGACGAGGAGGGUUGUGUACGAUGAUGAUGAGUGGGAUGAUAGGAGGAGGACGGACAUGUAUGAUGGGUAUGUGAGGUAUUGAGUUUGAUUACUUACUACAGUAAGUACAGUACAGUACAGUAAUUUUCCUUGAUUCCGGAUACUUGGAAUGAGUGGGGUUGGGAGAUUGGAGAGGGGUUUACUUGGUCGAGUACGUAUCGAGUAUGAUAAGUACAGUAGCGGCGUGUAGGAAUGAAUAACAUGUAUUAACAAUAUCCAUACCGC